AUUAGUAGAGCCUUCACCAGGCCGUUGGAGCACAGGAGGGAGAGGAAGAGCAGCAGCAAACUACAGUAGAGCUCUGUGCUGUCACCGGCGCUUUUUGUAGUGCACCCUCGUUUUAGGCCUGUGUCACAUGCACUGAUUGUAGUGCUGCAGCUCACCUAUCUGAUUCCUUCCCUGUCUGGAUUUGGAUACAGCCGUUGUGUGAGGUGUUGUGGAUGCAGGGGGAAGGCACCGUAGCUCUCGUCUAGUCUGACAUGUUGAUUACAUGGUGGUAUUUAUACCUCGCAGCUCGGAGCAUCGUCAAACAAACAUUGAACAUGGCCUCUAUCCUUCAGAAGCUCAUCACUCCCCUGUUCAGUGGGACCCCUGAGCCCGCCAGGAACAAGGUGACAGUGGUGGGCGUCGGCCAGGUGGGCAUGGCCUGUGCUGUCAGUAUCCUGCUCAGGGAGCUGGCUGAUGAGCUGGCCUUGGUGGAUGUGAUGGAGGACAAGUUGAAGGGAGAGAUGAUGGAUCUGCAGCAUGGCAGCCUCUUCCUCAAAACGCCCAAGAUAGUCGCCAGUAAAGACUACUCUGUGACGGCGAACUCUCGUAUCGUCGUGGUAACAGCGGGCGUUCGUCAGCAGGAGGGAGAGAGCAGGUUGAACCUGGUUCAGCGGAACGUCAACAUCUUCAAACACAUCAUCCCCCAGAUCAUAAAACACUCCCCCAAGUGCAUCAUCAUCGUGGUCUCCAACCCAGUUGAUGUGCUGACCUACGUGACCUGGAAGUUGAGCGGCCUGCCCAAGCACCGUGUCAUCGGCAGCGGCACCAACCUGGACUCUGCCCGUUUCCGUUACCUGAUGGCCGACAAACUGGGCAUCCAUGCUACCAGCUUCAACGGAUGGAUCCUGGGAGAACACGGAGACACCAGUGUCCCUGUGUGGAGCGGCACUAACGUAGCAGGUGUCAACCUGCAGACACUGAACCCUGACAUCGGUACUGAUGCUGACCAGGAGAACUGGAAGGAGACUCACAAACAGGUGGUUGACAGUGCCUAUGAGGUGAUCAAGUUGAAGGGCUAUACUAACUGGGCCAUUGGCCUGAGUGUAGCUGACCUCACUGAGAGCCUCAUCAGGAACAUGAACAGGAUCCACCCUGUCUCCACAAUGGUGAAGGGCAUGUACGGGAUCGAUGACGAGGUGUACUUGAGCCUGCCGUGCGUGCUGAAUGCUGGGGGCGUGGCCAGCGUGGUCAACAUGACCCUGACGGACGACGAGAUCGGCCAAAUAAAACAGAGCGCUGACACACUGUGGGACAUCCAGAAGGACCUGACGGACCUGUAGCAACGCUAACAGAACACCAAGGGGCGCCACAUUCCACUCAACCCCUAGGGUGUGUCCCAAUAAUAUCUCCUUUCUCCUCUAGUGUGUCACUACUUCCCACAAAUCUAAAAUCAAGUGCACACUUUGGGAGAAAGGAGAGAUAAUUGGGACAUAGCCCCAACUCUCCUUAUCACCUAUUACUCAACAUAUGCCACUUAGCAGACGGACGCUUGUAUCUAAAGCGACUUACAGUACAGUGAUUGCAUAUAGUUCUAAUAUGUUUUUUUGAUCCAUGUGGGAAUUAAAUCCACAACUUUUGCAUUGCUAGCCUCGCUCUUAAAGAGCAACUGCCCCUAAAAAAACAACUUCUCAUUUAUAAAACCGCCUAUGUGGCAAAUUUACUACAAAGUGUAAAUGGGAUAAUUUUGGUCAUAAAGUCAGUCUCAUCCGAAAUGUUGAGACUUGUGGUCGUGACUGCAUCACAACGUAAAUGAAAGUUGGGUUUGUUUCAUUCCUGCCCGCAGCUGGCAGCACAAAAUUAAUCAUCAAUUCGGGAGGUAAAGCUGCAAAUGAUCCAAUCUUAAUGCCGAUGAUAAAUUUGGGUUUACUUUCGAUAUCCAUAUUGGGCUAGUUAGGGACCAUCAGUAAAUUACACAAUGUACAUGGGCCAAUAUGUUAAAAUGUCAAUGACUUAAAAACCUCAAACUAAUUAGCAUUUAAAAAAAUGUAUAUACAAAUAUUGAAAGCAUUUGAUGAGAGAACUAAAAGGUGUUUGGAGACAAUAUUUUCACGUUAAAGAGAAACCAACUUUGCCAUAGUCGCACACCAGCUGGCUGAAGCUAAUUGGCUAAAUAAUUUGACUAACUCUUCCCACCUACAAACACACACAAGACACCCACAUCAUACCAGACCCAGAAACCAACUCAAGUUUGAAUUCAGUCAUGGCCUCUAGCAUUUCUAAUGAACCAAAUCUAACACGAGAGAUAAUCAGGAAGUGCAGUUGCCCUUUAACAACUGAGCCACACGGUUAAAAAAAUUACACAGGUUCCAAAAAUACACUUUCACAGUGUCACUGCUGUUAUCUUACACACUUGUAAUCUUCAUAGCUUUCCUGUCAUCUGGGUGUUUGGUCUCAAGGUCAAGAGCAUUAAGUGUUAGCGUUACUUUGCACAUGGCUGCUUAACUGGAAAAGGUGCCGAUUGAAGUGUCUUCGUUUCCCUGAAAAAGCGCUAUAUAAAAACCAGGAAAAGUGCUAGGCUAUAUAAACACCAUGUAUCAUUCAGAUGUGGGAUCAGCAAAUGCUUCAGUAAUUGUUCCCUUUUUAAAGUGAAGGCUUAUUUAUAAUGUUGGAUGUGUAAAAUAAAAGUGUAUUGGUGUUGGAAUGAAUAAAGUCCUCCAAUCUUUUGUUUUCAGAAUGAUUGAAACCGUUAUUAAUCAACAAUUUAUUUGGUUCAGAUUUAGAAGCAUAAUUUCUGUAUUUUCAUGAUUAUUUCAUACAUGCAUGUACAAACACAAUAUACUAUGUACAGCAACAGUUUUUUUCCCCACUCAUGCUCAGAUUGAGCUCUGGAGUGUCACAGUACUGUCCUAACAACACACCAUGGCAUGUGCCCUCAGUCUGACCAGUAGAAAUGUGUCAUCCCACAUCAGUGUGAUGGGGCAACCUCUCACAGUGAGGAGAAUGUAAACAUCGUGUGACCAUGGUGAAGUGGGGCCGAAUGGUGUUCAGAGGGGUGUUACUGCUGUUAAUUAUGGUGGCGUGACAGUCCUGUGUCACCAGAGUUACUGUAAGUAGCCUGAGGACAGGCAUAGACAUGUUUUUUUCUUCUUCUAAUCACCUGUCAGUGUUGACUUUGAGGGGAAACCCCUUUUAAAAAUGAGUCCAGCAGAAGACAGUGUCAAUACAAUUGGACUAUCAAAUAUUUCAUGAUUUCUCUUAAUAAAUGACAUUUGC